UAUCCCGCCUUCUGCUUUGAAUACCUUUGCUUUUGGCUGAUUGUAAGAAGUUCAGUUUAAUUGAUAAAAGAAUUUGCGUAGAGACAUGGUUUGAAAAAAACAAAAACAAAAAGGAAAAGAUUGAGUAGAGUCGUUAUCAAACAGAGCCCUCACGUUAGUGCAACUCUGCACUAGUUUUCCUCUUCGAUCAACCCACAUUUCUUCGAUCUUUCAAAAUUGAUAUCCCAAUUCCCUAAUCUGAUCUCUCUCUUUGUAUCUCUCGUAAAACUCAAUUCCAUCUUCACAAUCCCAACAAGAAAAUUAAAAUGACUGAGAAAUCAAUUGAUUUGCCACAAGAAUGUUGGGAAUUAAUACUCAAUUCCCUCGAUCACCAUCGCCACUUCGAAUCUCUGUCGCUAGUCUCCACUCGUUUCUUCUCUAUGACCAAUCAUCUUCGCCAAAACCUAACAAUCUCUUCCCAUACACUUCCUUUCCUUUCCCAUCUUCUUAACCGAUUCCCCAAUUUAAAAUCAAUCCAAAUCUCUCAAUUAUCCAAAGAUGACCUCAAUUCUCUUCUCCAUCAACUCUCCAAAUCUGAAUUGGACCUCGACUCUCUCAAUUUUGAGAACCAAACUCGAUUUCCCCAUCUGGGUUUGAGAGAAUUUGGGCUGAAAAUGAGAAACUUGAGGAAAUUGCAUUGCUCGAAGAUCUCCGGUUUGCAAGAUAGCGAUUUAUUUUUAAUUGGGUCUUCGUUUCCUUUGCUUGAAGAUCUCGAUAUUAGUUUUCCACUUUAUGAUUCUCGUUUUAAUCCAAACGGAUCCUUGGAUUUGCAAUGUUUUUCUGGGAUUGUGACCGAUGAUGGGAUUCUUGAGUUGGGAUUGAAGCUCAAUAAGUUGCGAAGGAUUGAUCUUUCUGGUAAUCGUUUCAUUACUGAUAAGUCUCUUCACUUUUUAUCGUUAAAUUGUUUGUUGUUAAGUGAAGUUAAGGUUCGUGAUUGUGAUUUUAUAACCCAGAAUGGUAUUAGUUUAAUCAUGCGUAAUUGCUCUAAUCUGAAUUCUAUUUCUUUAGAUGGUGUUGGAAUUCCUUCUAUAGAUUCUUUCUUUCAAGAAUCUUUUACUUAUGCUAAAUCUUUAUGUGAGCUUCAUCUUUCAAAUUCAUUUAUCUCCGAUGAAUUGCUCUAUUUGGUUGCUGAAGCAUGUCUUCCACUAAAGAAACUUACUGUCUCUCAUUGCUACAAUUUCUCGUUUGUUGGAAUUUCUUUUUUAUUGUAUAGGUACAAGUUUCUUGUCUACUUAGAUCUUGAAGGGGCAAAUUUUCUCACUGAUGAGUCUAUGAUUGAGUUGUCAAACUUCCUUUGUAACUUAUCCUACAUUAAUCUUAGUUUAUGUUCUAAGCUCACGAGUUUGACCUUCUUUGCCCUUAUAAAAAACUGUCCCUUAUUGAGUGAUGUUAAAAUGGAGAGAACAAAUUUGGGGGUUGAAGAGUUUAUGGUGGAUUUGAUUACCAAUCCGAGAAUCAAGUCACUGAAGCUGGUUGGGAAUAACAAUUUGAGUGAUGAUUGUCUCAUCAAAAUUGCAUGUUGCUGCCCAAGUUUACAAGUGCUAGAGAUUAGUUAUUGUUUUGGUAUUACAGAAGAGGGGAUCAAAGAAGUGCUUAGAAGUUGCAGUGAAAUUAGGCAUUUGGAGAUGAACCGAUGUGUAGGGAUAAAGAAUCUCGAUAUAAAUGUUGAACUUCCUAAAUUGGAAGUUUUGCAAGUGCAGGGACCCGGAAUCGAUGAUGAAGCAUUGGCUGUCAUUGCAAAGAGAUGCCAGAUGCUGUUGCAUCUGGACUUGGCGGGUUGCUUGAAUGUGACAGAAAAAGGGGUAAAUGAAGUGGUGCAAAACUGUACGAAAUUAAGGGAGAUGAAUCUGAAGUGGUGUGAUAAUGUGAAAGUAGAUAUGAUAGCAACCAUGGUGUUUUCAAGGCCAUCACUGAGGAAAAUUACCCCGCCAUGUGGUUUUAUUCCUACUGAUAAGCAGAUAAGCUUUUUCUUGCAGCAUGGAUGUUUAGUCUGUAAAGGCUAGUGUUCUGGAGCCCUUGGAAUGGUGCUUAUUAACUCGAUUAGAUCUUAUAGCUUCUUUUUUUUUAUUAUUAUUAUUAUACAGAAUUGUUUGAAAUGGAGAUAGAUUUUACAUGUUAUAACAUUCAAUUUACCUUUUCUCUGUAUAGUAUUAUAUGCUUCAAAAAUUUAGUUGAUAGAAUAAAGAUGCGUAAACAUUCAAGUUUUGAAUGUUUUAGUGUUCUUAA